UCUGCGCUCCUGCUGGGGAGGGAGGAUAGGGAAGACUGGAAGCACCCAAAAGAUUUGCUGCAUUUUUCUCUCCUGGCUCGUUUGCUCGCUGUCACCCAGACCAGGCUGACGCCACGCUCCUCUCCUGAUUUCCACCCUCGCCAGGCUGGGAGUGGGGAGCAGUCAACCCUUCCGCCGUCCCGGCUUGGGGCCAGCAGCCGCCCAAGGAUGGGGCUGCCCGUUGCUCCCUCGGUGAGGCCGGGAGCCCCGCUCUGCCGGGCAGAGCUCCCACAGCAGCGACUGAUGGUUUCUGCUGGAGCAGUGGUUACCUUCGCGGGGUUUCAUUCCAGUUUCCUCAGUGACAUCCGUGGGGCUGGAGCGGGACAGCGGCCAGGUCGUCCCUCCAUGACCAAGUCGCUGCAUCUCCCACACUUGGGACAUGACAGCGUGGCUCCGUGCCUGGACCCUCCAUAUCUGUCCCCCCGGGGUGGCUUCGGGGGGCUCGGGAGAACCCGACGGCUGCUCCGUGCGGAUCGCUGGGGACUGCGCCGUCCACACCGCCGGCGGUGCCAGGCACGUCCCCGUCCCCAGGCUCUCCCGUCCCCCCCGGAGAGCCGCGCUCGGCGGAGCAGCCGGACCCUUCAGGACUGUCAGCGGAUGAUUAAUGACCAACAACUCCGAAACUGCCCCCAUUGCCAGUUUGGGUGUUGUUUGACCCGGUGCUUAAUGAGUUCAGACACAGCUCAAGCCACUCCUCGCGGGCAGCUGGGCAGUAUCCUGGAGCCUGCUGGGGGGGGGCACGCACGUGUGUCCCCCCAAACCGCCCUCUGCUCCCACCGCUCUUUAGCGUCUCGCUUGGGGGUACAACAUCGGGGACCACACCAAACUACUGCAAGAAACCCCUAAACUAAACCCCAGCUGCUGGCGCGGGCCAGGCAGGGGUGCCGGAUCCAUGGCGGGGGUGCUGGGUCCCGAGGGGGUGGUUCUGGAUUUGGGGUGAUGCCUCAGCGAACCCGCAGCGAUGGGCAGUGCAGGCACCGGCCCCUCGGCUCCCCCCGAUCCUGCUGCCUCUGUGGGAUUCAUGGGGAAGAGCCUUUCAGGGGGGGUCAGCGCCCAGCCGGGCUUUUGACCGACAGCCACAUUCCUUUGUCCUGAUUUUAUUCGUUAGCAGCGUUUGGCCUGGACA